CAGUUGAAGUCCCACACGUUCCACCGGCCCAAACAAUUAAAAAAGGAAAAAAAAGAAAGAUAAAAGAUAUGACAAGCACACGUGGUUCCACAUGGUACCUGCCACACUGGAAUUUUCCUCCAAACGCUCUCAACAUUCUAACGUUCGAACUUCUAGUCAUAAAGUCCAAAAUUAAUAUACGUUCCUCAACGGCAAUAUAGCCUGAUCACGUCCACGUGUCACAAUACUGUUGGAUCAUACUUUUGGCGUUUGGCCAGCUAGACCUUCUCCCCCGAGCUUGUGUGUAUCGAAAAUGAAUACAGUACACUAGUACAGAUAAAAAAAGAAAAGAGAAGCCUUUAAGCUUAGCUUACAUUUCAAGGAAAGCAUACCAUUCAUUCAUAUUAUUUCAUUUCAUAUCCGUUGAAGAAUAAUACCUCAUAUUCCAAAUUAAAUAUAUACAUUUUCUUUUUUUUCUUUCUCCGAACCCAACAAAAAAAAAAAAACCUAAAAAGUAAUCUUUAUUUUCUUGAUUGUCCGUACACAUGGCGGAGGAAUUCGACAAGGCUGUGGAAGAUGGUCUCAGGCUUUCUAAGCGGCUUUACUUCGGGAAAGACAGAGCAGUGGCUCCACCGAAGCCGUUGCCGUCGAUGAUGAAGCCGGGGACUCACUCAUACCUGCCGACGGCGCCGAUGGUGUAUGCGGUGAUCUACGACCCGGCUAUUGUGGACAAUCCAGAUAUUCCGAGUUACCAGCCGCACGUGCAUGGCAGGAGUGAUCAUCCGGCGCUUAUUCCGUUACAUAUGCACGGGAUUGAGCUGGAGGUGGAUUGUAAUUUGGACACGGCGUUUGUGAGGGUCGUUGGAUCUUGGAGGCUUCAUUGUGUUAUGGGUAGUAAGAGCUGUAGCUGUCGAGUUGUGAUCCCCAUGGGUGACCAGGGUUCAAUUCUAGGUGUUGAGGUUGAGGUGUCUAGAAAAUCCUAUCGUACGCAACUGGUAAAAUUGGAAGACGAUAAGGAUACAGAAAAGUCAUCUUCUACAUAUGGAGGUUUCCUGAAGCCCCAUAUAUUUACCAUGACAGUUCCACAGGUUGACGGGGGUUCCAUUCUCUCUAUUAGCAUGAGUUGGUCUCAGAAAUUAGUGUACAAUGAUGGUCAGUUCACUUUGAAUGUACCCUUUACAUUUCCCGACUAUGUCACUCCUGUUGUAAAAAAAAUUUCAAAGAAAGAGAAGAUCGAAUUGAAUGUGAAUGCUGGUACUGGAACUGAAGUGUUAUGUCAGGCAGUCAGUCAUCCUUUAAAGCAAGUAAGGAGAAAUGCGGGAAAAAUGGGAUUUUUAUACGAAUCUGAAAUCUAUUCUUGGUCAACUACAGACGUUAGCUUCUCAUACUCAGUUUCUUCAAGCAGCAUUCAUGGUACUGUUUUCUUGCAAUCUCCAUUAGUUCAUGAAGCUGAUCAAAGAGAGAUGUUCUGUGUCUAUUUAUUUCCAGGAAAUCAGCAGAGUAGGAAGGUAUUCAGGAAGGAUAUAGUAUUUGUUGUUGAUAUAAGUGGAAGCAUGCGAGGAAAGCCAAUUGACGAUACCAGAAAUGCACUCUCUGACGCUCUCUCUAAGCUUGAUCCAGAAGAUUCAUUUAGCAUCAUAGCAUUUAACGGAGAGAUUUUUCUGUUCUCAACAUCAAUGGAAGCAGCUACAACGGAGGCCAUUGAAAGGGCCACUGAGUGGAUGACUAUGAAUUUUAUUGCUGGUGGUGGCACCAAUAUAUUGCUUCCUUUAAACAAGGCACUAGAAAUGCUAUCAAAUCCUCGGGGUUCAACUCCGAUAAUUUUUCUUGUCACUGAUGGGGCUGUUGAAGAUGAGAGACAAAUAUGUGAUAUCGUGAACAAUCAUGUUGCAGAAAUGGGAUCAAAAUGUCCACGUAUAUACACCUUUGGCAUAGGCUCAUUUUGCAACCACCAUUUUCUGCGGAUGCUUGCAUUGAUCAGCAGGGGACAAUAUGAUGCUGCUUAUGAUGCAGAUUUGGUGGAAGCUCGAUUACAAAAAUUAUUUACUAGAGCUUCAUCUUUGCUUCUUUCAAAUGUAACAUUUGACGCAUUGGAUAGUCUUGGUGAAGUUGAGGUGUUUCCUACUCGAAUACCAGACCUUUCGUCUGAGGAUCCACUAGUUGUAUUUGGCAGAUAUCAAGGAAAAUUCCCCAACUCUUGUAAAGCUAAAGGUGUCUUGGCCGGUUUGAAUAGUUUUGUAAUAGAUUUGAAAAUACAUAAUGCAAAGGACGUACCACUUAACAAGAUAUUUGCAAAAGAACAGAUUGAUCAGCUUACUGCUCGGGCAUGGUUUACAGAAAAUAAAGAACUCGAGGAUAAGAUUUCCAAAAUGAGCAUACAAACUGGGGUAGUAUCUGAGUAUACUCGGAUGAUUGUACUUGAGACAAUAGGGAAGAAAAUUCAAGAUGGACUACAACAGGUACCAAAGAAAAGCCUACCCCCAAAAAAGGCAGCUGCUGAAAAACAGAAGGUGAUACCAAUGCCAAGUCUAUGUAUUGGCUUUGGAAACUUGACUGCAACGGCUGAAAACGUUCCUCCAGGAUGUGAAGAAGCAAAACUUCCUGAAGUUGCGGAAAUGUUCGUGAAGGCAGCUUCGAGUUGUUGCGGCAACAUCUUUAGACACUGCUGCUGCAUGUGCUGCAUCCAAUGUUGUUCCAGGAUGAACGACCAAUGCGCAAUCGUACUAGCCCAGAUAUGUACCGCACUGGCAAUAUUUGGCUGCCUUGAAUGUUGUUCAUUAUGCUGUGCCGAUAACGAAUAGAAAAUUCAGUCCGAACAGAUUAUUUUAUUGUUACAAAUAGUUUUUACACUUGUAAUAGAGAUGUGUAAUGUAAAUGAAAAUGAGGCUUCGUGACACUGGUUCAACACUUGUAUAAUCUUGAGUCUAAUCCUCUUCAACAUGUUCCUCAA